AUGUGGCAAAAAAGGCUGAACAACCCCUUCUUGCCGCAGACAAACAGGCUGCAGCCCAAGGUGUCCCCGUCUGCCGUGUCAGGCCCUGCACAUCUCUUGAGGCUUGCUGGCCAGUGCUUCAGUUUUGUGGAAUCCACGUACAAGUACGAGUUUUGUCCUUUCCAUAACGUCACCCAGCAUGAGCAGACUUUUCGAUGGAACGCCUAUAGUGGGAUUUUAGGAAUCUGGCAUGAGUGGGAGAUUGACAACAACACGUUUGUGGGGAUGUGGAUGAGGGAAGGAGACUCCUGUGAGACGAAGAGCAGGCAGACAAAGGUUCAUCUCGUUUGUGGAAAGAGCAGCAAAUUGGCUUACGUGUCCGAGCCGAGUACCUGUGUUUACUCUCUGACAUUUGAGACUCCACUUGUGUGCCAUCCCCACUCUCUUUUAGUUUAUCCGACUCUGCCUGAAGCGCUGCAGAGGAAGUGGGAUGAAGCAGAGCAGCUUCUGUACGAUGAACUCAUAACUGACCAGGGAUACAAAAAAAUACUGAAAGAGAUUUUUGAGGAAGCGGGACUUCUAAAGGCAACAGAAGAAAAGGAAGCUGAGAAACAGAAUAAGCAAAUAAGCCUGGAAUUUGAAACAGUGGAGAAGUGCAGUAAGGAAUACAAGCAACUUUCUAAAGAAAUAAAAAACCUCAAAGAUUUAUUAAGUCGGCACGGAAUCGCAUACAGAGGAGAUCCUGCUGAGAAUACCAGCAUGGAAUACAGAAGUCACAAACUGGCAACGGUGGUGGCAACUGUUCUUACCGGGUCAAGGGACAAGGAGCACCUGCGAGGUGACACGGGAGCAUGGAAUGACACAGCAUGAAAGGAACUUGGGUGGUAAGCAGCGAGCUCAGGCGGAAUGUCACGCAAGCUGGACGCCUAUGGUGGCACUACAAUGAUUUACCUCUCAUGACUGUUCUUGGCUUCCUGAACUUCUGCCCUAACGCGCAGGGAGCCCAGCAGAGCCAGGGCUCACCCUUGCUGAGGCGGCAGUCGGACGCUUUCCGCGGACGCUUGUGAAGCUUCUUUGCCGAGGCCGGUGUCGGGCAGGGGGGUUGCAAAUUCUGUGUCUCCGGCCCCCGCUUUGUUAUUUCCCUUGGUCAAGCGUUGUAACAGGCGCUACGAAUACAAAAUCGUUCAAGAGCGACGCUGCGAGAUGCCGCAGGGAAGGCAGCGAGUAGCGCUGCGACCGUGUCGUUUCACGCGCACCCCAGCGCGCUCUCUGUGCAGACCAGCCGAAGAAGAAACGUUUUCUGCCGCGGCAGCGCUAACGCCACGCGCCGGCGCUCGGGGUGCAGGGCCCGCUCGCCAGGGUCUGGCGGGAG